CUCUCAUAUAUCUAUUAUUUUGUAAAUAAUAACUUGCAAUUGCAUGGAUGAUAUUUGACUUUGAAUAUUUCUUAGUUAGCAUCCCGUGUUUUCUAUCUUCUUUUAAACUUUGUACCAUUCCACGUUGUCUACUUCUCUCUCCAUCUUUUGAAGUUUAGGGAUGAUUUCGAAACAGAUUCAGGCGAUAGCGAUAUGGAGGAAUUCGACUGUCCGGCUGAUUUCCGGUGCCCGAUUUCCAUGGAGCUCAUGAGCGAUCCGGUGACUAUCGCAACGGGCGUCACCUACGAGCGCAAGAACAUCGAGAAAUGGCUCUUCACUUACAAGAAGACCACCUGCCCCGCCACAAUGCAGUUAGUCCACAGCUUCGAUAUCACCCCAAAUCACACCCUCAAUCGCCUCAUCCUCGCAUGGCAGGACGCACAAUCUCCCUCAUCUCUGCCUCCACCGACGCCGUUCUCCGCCAAGCACGACGAGUUGAUCUCACUCCUCAGCUCUCUCGAGUCCUCUCCGUUCAAGGUAACUGCCUUGAAGAAACUCCGCUCAAUUAUCGAAAUUGGUGAAGAGAUUAAAUCAGAUUUCAUCCAAUCCGGCGGCGUUGAAAUCGUUGUUCCAAUAAUCGUUCAGAUUUUAAUCGAUUUUUCCGAUUAUAUCACGUUUCGAGCCUGCGAAGAGGCGCUUGGCGUGCUGCAUAACCUUCCGUUAUCGGAAGGUCAAAACAGAGCAUUCAAAAUUUUAUCUAAAACAGAGUGCAUGAAAUCAGUGGCGAUUGUGCUUCAAAGAGGAGGCAACGAUUCCAGACUCUACGCCGUUGCGAUUUUCAGGGAAAUAGCGACAAGCACAGAUUACGAUUGGAAUAUCUUGAUUCAAGAUCAAGGAAUAGAUUUCUUCAAAUCUCUGUUAGAGCUUGCUUCUGAUGACAUCUGCAGCAAGGUGAGUUCUUGUUCGUUGAAGCUUCUAAUCGAGAUCUUAGACCCGUCGAAGAAGAGCCGAUUGAAGGCCAUAGAAUCCGGCGCAGUUUGCGUUUUCAUCGAGCUAUUACCGGACUCAAACGGAUCCAAAUGCGAGAAAAUUCUGCUUCUGAUCAAGUUACUCUGUGAAUGUGCGGAGGGGAGGCAGGCGCUGGUGGAGCACGGUUUGGGAAUAGCUGCCGUGUCUAAAAAACUGAUGCAGGUCUCCUACACGGCGACGAAGAUUGUAGUGAAGAUCAUGUGGCUGAUCGGCAGUUUUCACCCGACGGAGAAAGUUUUGGAGGAAAUGCUGGUGUGUGGAUCCGUAAAGAAGCUUUUAGCAUUGUUGCAUUUGGAAGGAAGAUCGUCCACAAAGGAGAAGGUGAUCAAGAUAUUGAAGCUGCAUGGGAAUUACUGGAGUAAAUAUCCAUGUUUUCCUCAUGAAAUGAAGAAUUAUUUGGGAUUUUGUAACUAAUUAAUUUUCUUUCUUAGGAAAAUAAAAUGCAAACUUAUUGUAAAGAGUUUUUUCAACCUCUAGGGACAGGUUGUUCCUCAGCUUUACAUCUAGUGUUUGUCAUGAAUUUUUGUGAAAAUAUCAUUUGGAUUGAAUGUUUGAAUCCCUUGAUUUCCCUUUUCCCAUUUCCCCCCUUAGUAUUAUAGGAAUAAUUGUAAUAUUGUUUA